AUGGGUCUGAGUAUCUCGGUGCAGAGAGGCUCAGGGGUGUUUCAGGACAGGAGAGCGUUAACUACAUCUGCAGCCAGACUGGGUGGGCACCAAAGCAAGGACAAAACCUUUCUCCUUCACAACGGGGCCCAGGCUAGUGAGGUCAUCAGGGGCUGGGAAGCCAAAGUCCACUCCAGAUGCUACAUGGUCUAUCUGGAAAUACAACAUGGAAAGGGUAAAAAGAAAUGCGGAGGAUUCCUGGUGAAGCCAAACUCCAUCCUGACGGCCGCAAACUGCAAGGGAGAUGAGAUCACUGUCACUCUGGGAGCACAUAACAUUAGUAAACCAUAACGUAGCCAACAGAAAAUCCCCAUGCACCGCCGGGUCUCCCACCUGCAAUAUGACAAGAAGGCCCUUAACAAUGAUAUCAUGCUGCUGAAACUGGUAGAGACAGUGAAGCUGAAUAAAUGGGUGAAAACCAUCCCCCUGCCACGCACCAACAAGACAGUGAAGCCAGGGACCAAAUGCAGUGUCGCUGGCUGGGGCCGCACCAGCAGACAGAGUAAAUCGGCCCCAGCCACCACACUCCAGGAAGCGAAUUUGAAGGUGCUGGAGGAUGACGUCUGUCUGAAAAAUCCUGAUGUGACCUACUGUGACUAUGAUGCUUCCACCAUGAUGUGUGUGGGUGAUCUGAAGAAGGGCAAAGCCUCUUUUAAGGGUGACUCUGGGGGCGCCCUGGUGUGUGGGAAAAGAGCCCAGGGCAUCGUUUCCUGGGGAUCCCGAAAGAGCGGCUCCCCUGGAGUGUACACAAGAGUCUCCACCUUCAUCCCCUGGAUAGGGGAAAUGAUGAGGAUGCUGGAGCCCUGA